GUCCCCACCCUCGCGCGCAUGGUGGAACCAGGAAAGACCCGAGGCUCCCGUCCCGGGACACCCGGUCCUGGCUUCUGCAAAUGAGCUGGAGCCGACGGCGGAGGCCGAGGCUGCAUCAGCUCAGGCAGCUCAGGGAGGCUCGGCGCAGCCGGGUCGGCCCUCAUGGCCUUGGGGGUGGAGCAGCGUCUGGGCAGCCUGAACAUCUUCAGCCAGGACGACUUCGAAGGAGACUGGCAGCGCGUGGCCAGCGGGGGCUUCGGGCAGGUGUUCCGGGUGCGGCACAAAUGCUGGCGGACCGAGUAUGCCAUCAAGUGCUCCCCUUGCCUGCUGCCGGACUCCAGCCCCAGCAGCUCAGACAUGAAGUGCCUCAUUGAAGAAGCAACCAGAAUGGAAAAGAUCAAGUUCCAGCAUAUCGUCUCCAUUUACGGAGUGUGCCAGCAGCCCCUGGGCAUUGUGAUGGAGUUCAUGGCCAAGGGCUCUCUAGAGAAGAUGCUACCUACCCACAGCCUCUCUUGGCAGCUGAAGUUCCGAAUCAUCCAUGAGACUGCCUUGGCCAUGAAUUUCCUUCACAGCAUUAAGCCACCUCUGCUCCAUCUGGACCUCAAACCAGGCAACAUCUUGUUGGAUAGCAACAUGCAUGCCAAGAUUUCAGACUUUGGCCUAUCCAAGUGGAUGGAGCAGUCAACACGGAUGCAGUACAUUGAGAGGUCAGCACUUCGGGGCACACUCAGCUAUAUUCCCCCUGAAAUGUUUCUGGAGAGCACCAAAGCACCUGGGCCCAAAUAUGAUGUGUACAGCUUUGGAAUUGUCAUUUGGGAGAUUCUUACCCAGAAGAAGCCAUACCCAGGAUUCAACAUGAUGACCAUCAUCAUUCGUGUAGCUGUUGGUACCCGACCCUCCCUGCAGUCCAUCUCAGAUGAGUGGCCAGGUGAAGGCCAGCAGAUGGUAGACUUGAUGAAGCGCUGCUGGGACCAGGACCCUAAGAAGAGGCCAUGUUUCACUGAUAUCACUAUUGAGACAGACAUGCUGCUGUCCUUGCUCCAGAACCCUGUAGUAGACCUGGAGAAAGAGUCCUUGGUCAGAAAGACAUCCUGCAAACCUUCUCUGUGCAAGGCCCAGGAGAUCAGUAGAGAAGUCAGCCAGGAACUGACAGAGAGUGACUCGGGUGAAUCUCUGAAGCGGCUGCUCCAGCUAUCUGACAGUGAGAGCUUGGUCUCAAGCAUGGGAGACCUGGGCAUCUAUGAGAACAGUGUUACCCUCCUCCAUUUCCUGGUGACUGAGGGCAAUGUGGAGAAGGUGAGGCUGCUGUUGAGGCAGGAGGUAGAUGUGGACUGCCAAACAGCUGAAGGCUAUACACCCCUCAUCAUUGCUGUACAGGAUCAGUUAUCUGACCUCUGCCUGCUACUGCUUAGCCAAGGAGCCAACCCCAAUCUGGUUGAUGAGGAUGGCUGGGCCCCACUCCACUUUGCUGCCCAGAAUGGGGAUGACCGUACUGCUCGCCUGCUCCUGGACCAUGGUGCCCAGGUGGAUGCCCAGGAGCAUGAGGGCUGGACAGCUCUCCACCUAGCUUCCCAGAACAACUUUGAGAAUGUGGCCCGGCUCCUUGUCUCCCGCCAUGCUAACCCCAACCUUCAAGAGGGGGAGGGGAAAUCCCCACUGCACGUGGCCGCCUACUUUGGCCAUGUUAGCCUGGUUAAGCUGCUAAUUGGCCAGAGGGCCCAACUGAAUGCCCAGCAGAGGAACCUCAGGACCCCAUUGCACUUGGCUGUGGAACAGGGUAAGGUCCGUGCAAUCCAGCACCUGCUAAAGAGUGGGGCAGCUACUGACAUGGUUGACCAGAAUGGCUAUACCCCACUGCAUACAGCUGUUGCCAAAGACAAGUACCUUAUCUGCAGGAUGCUGCUUAAGUAUGGAGCCAACACCGAGCUGAAGAAUCAGCAGGGCUGGACUCCCUUACAUCUGGCAGCCUUCCAGGGCCACCGAGAGAUUCUCCGUAUGCUGCAUGAGAAUAAUGCCCACCUGGAUGCCCGAGGGGGCAAGGACUGGACCCCACUUCACUUGGCAGUACGCCAAGGGGAGGAGGCAGUGGUUUCCUUCCUCCUGCAGAGUGGAGCUGACCCCAACAUGGCUGAGCAGACUGGCUGGACACCAUUACACUUAGCUGUUCAGCGAGGCGCAUUCUUGAGUAUCAUCAAUCUCCUGGAGCACAAGGCUGAUGUUAAUGCUUCCAACAAGGUUGGCUGGACACCUGUGCACUUGGCAGCCCUCAAGGGCAAUACUGCUAUCCUCAAGGUGCUGAUUAAGGCUGGUGCCAGGCUGGACAUUCAGGAUUCUACUGGCUGCACGGUGCUGCAAUUGGCCAUCCGAAAUCAGAAACAGAAUGUAAUCUCCUUCCUGGAGGGCAAGGACCCCCUCACUCCAUGUCUGGCCGAUGUUAAAUCAGAGACUAUGAAGGAGGCCUGACCUCCUGUUUCCUGACUGAAUAUAGAUCCCUCUAGAAUCAUUUAGAACUUGGAAGCCUGGAAACGGCACUGAACACAGAACUGGUCCCCCUCCAUGCCCAGGAGCGGUCCCCAGACCAAGUGAAGCUGGAAGAGCCUUGAAGCGGAUCCAGAAGAGACCCUAGAGCCUGAAGAGGAGCCAGCUUCUCCUCUCUUCUGCUUUCACCGACACUACCCUAGCCCUCGUGCAGGUUCUGGGCAUUGAUCUCCACCAGUGAGGAGAGAGUCCCAUGCCAGUGGGUGUUGGGACUGGAGUUACAUUUCUUAUUGGUCUCCCUGCCUCAGAUUCCUCCCUUCUCCAGUUCACCCUCCCAUCAACCUCCAAAGUGAUUUUCCUAAAGCCCAGAUCCUACCACUUCACUUCCUUAAUCAAUAAACCCCAGGACUCCUCA